AUGUCAACUACACAUAGACAACGUUAUAAAAAUGCUGCAUUGGAUUCGUCUGAAAUGCGCCGAAGACGUGAAGAGGAAGGAGUCCAAAUCAGAAAACAGAAACGAGAACAACAAUUAAUAAAAAGACGCAAUGUUGUUUUGGAUAUACCCCAAUCUGAUUUGGAUAUUGGAGCUGAAGAGAUUGAAGUGAAUCGCAAUUCCGACCACUUUUCGGAAGAACAAAUGAAUCACAAAAAUCAACUAACAAUUUCGAGGACACUUUCCGAUCAAAAUAAGCCGGCGAUUAAUAUUAUAAAAACACAGAUGAUAGAACUAUUGUUUAGUGAGAAUGAAACAGAGCAACUAGAAGCCACUCAAAAGUUCCGCAAGCUAUUAUCUCGCGAUCCAAAUCCGCCGAUAGAAGAAGUCAUCCAAAAAGGGAUAGUUCCUCGAUUUGUAUUCUUUCUCAAGAAUAAUUCAAACGCAUCGUUGCAAUUCGAAGCUGCUUGGACAUUGACUAAUAUUGCCUCAGGGACGUCACAGCAAACUAAAAUUGUAAUUGAUGCGGGCGCCGUUCCCGUUUUCAUUGACCUAUUAUCGAGUAAUAAUGACGAUGUUCAAGAACAAGCAGUUUGGGCUCUGGGAAAUAUAGCUGGUGAUUCGCCAAGUUGUCGUGACUACCUACUGAACUCGGGAAUACUUCAACCAUUGUUACAUGUACUGAGUACCACUAAUCGACUGACUCUGAUAAGGAAUGCUGUUUGGACUCUUUCGAAUUUGUGUCGCGGUAAAAAUCCCCCUGCAGACUUUUCGAAAAUUGUAAAUGGUCUACCCAUCCUAGCACGACUUUUAAACCAUACAGAUCCCGAUAUACUAAGUGAUUCAUGCUGGGCUAUCAGCUAUUUGUCCGAUGGGCCAAAUGAUAAGGUACAAGCUGUUAUAGAUGCGGGAGUGUGCCGACGCCUUGUGGAGCUUUUGAUGCAUCCACAGAACAACGUAGUUACAGCGGCGCUUCGAGCAGUUGGUAACAUCGUAACGGGAGAUGAUGUUCAAACGCAAGUGAUUUUGAACUGCAAUGCUUUGUCAUGUAUAAAUAUUUUAUUGAGUUCGCAAUUUGAAACCAUUAAAAAAGAAUCGUGCUGGACUAUUUCUAACGUUGCAGCGGGUAAUAGACAACAAAUUCAGGCUGUGAUUGACGCCAAUAUUUUCCCUGUACUUAUAAGCAUAAUGCAAAAUGCCGAUUUCAAAACUAAAAAGGAAGCAGCCUGGGCAAUAACAAAUGCUACUAGCAGUGGAACAGCAGAGCAGAUAAGAUAUUUGGUUCACGUAGGCUGCAUUCCACCAAUGUGCGACUUCCUGACGGUCGUUGAUUCAGACAUCGUUCAAGUGGCUUUAAACGCACUUGAAAAUAUUCUGAAGGCCGGAGAAAAAUUUGCUGCUCGUCCAAAUCCAUAUGCAAUGGCCAUCGAAGAAUGUGGAGGUUUAGACAAAAUUGAGUACCUGCAGUCCCAUGAAAAUCGCGACAUUUAUUACAAAUCAUUUUACAUAAUUGAACAAUAUUUUAGUAACGAAGAAGAAGAUUCGCGUGUGGCACCUACUGAAGAAGAAACACAAUACACAUUUAAUCCAAACGUUGAUACGCCAAAGGGUGGAUUUUUAUUUUAGUCCUAUAGUGUUUUCGAAAAACGUGGUUUUGAAUGUUAUUAAGUAGCGGAGGUUCGUGUAUAUUUCUGAUCAAAAUAUAAUUUUUGUUAUUAUCUUUUAACAAAGUAGCAGUUUUUCAGAUAUUUUGCUUCUUUAAGCUUAGUAUCUAGCUCUAAAGAAAUAGUUUUCAUUGUUUCUGUCGCUUGCAUGCAGGCAAGUAAUAACAAACUUUAGAGAAUUGUAGAACAAAAAUCUGCAUACUAACAGCAUGAACCUGAAUUCAAAAAUGAUGCUUGAAAAAAAUUUCUUAUUCAAUUCUUGAGUGC